AUGGCGGCAGUGUUAAAAAAAAGAGCACUAGCCGAAUACAGUACACAAGUGUUAGAGCAGCAACCACCAGUAAAAAAAUUAAAAUGUUUAGUAAAACUAUCCGCUCUGACAGCUGGGGCUACCCUAUCAUUAGUGAACACUAUUGGUGGCCGUAAAACGCCUAAUGAAAUUAUACAAAUUUUAAUACAAAUCUUAGAACAACUUCAGUUUCAGGAUUCCGAUGUGUCCAACAUUUUAAUAAAACUCAGUGACCAUUUUAAACUUCAGACUGAUUCGACUGUGAAAAUGUUAAUAUUUUCUGUUUUAUCAGCCAUUGGAUCUUCUGAUGAAACUAGUGAAAUUAAUGUUUACAAAAUUAUUGAUGAAAUAAUAACCUUAUUGAAAGAAGUUAAGUCUCAAAAAAUCAAAACCAGUGGUCUCAAAACAUUAUUGGCACUUGGAAAACGUAUGAAUCAUGAUAUGGCUCUACAUUUAAGACUUACAAAUUAUGCUAAACAAACAUUGGAAGAUUACAGACCAAAUAUAACAUGUGGAAGUUUAGAGGUAAUAGGUGAAUUGAUGCCAGUUAAAAUUCCUCAAGAAUCUCUAGAAAUUCAUUCUGAAAUGCUUAAAUUAAUUGGAAGUUAUACUCAACAUUAUAAUGCAAAAACUAGAAGUAAUGCUUUUAAUACAAUGGUUCGAUUGCAUGACAGAGGUAUUAGAUUGAACCCAGCUGUAUACCUUGAUGUUUGUUCAGUUAUAAAUGAUGACAAUGAAAUAGUGAGAGAAGCUGCUUUAAAUGUGAUUUCAGUUUUAGGAAAUUAUUAUCCUGAAGAAAGAAUUAAAGGUACCAAUGGUGAAGAAAUGGCUCGAAUGUCUGAUGAAGCAUUUGAGAAUAUUUGUAAUUUUAUGACUGAUAUAAGUUAUCGGAUUCGUACUCAAGCUGCAAAACUUCUUGGAACUUUUCUUUCUGUCAGUACAAGUGUUUUGUUGAAGACUCUAGAUCAAACACUUAUGUCUAAUUUACGUAGAAAGAGAACUUCUAUUGAACGUGUUUGGGAGUGUUUAGCUAAAGGCACAGCUAUGAUGAGUGCAUUAAGUACUAAAGAUACACCACAAGAAAUGUUGGAUGCCCAUCAAGUUAGUUUAGUUAGUACUGGAGCUAGUGGUGCUUAUCUUCAUGGUUUAGAAGAUGAAUUUCUCGAGGUACGCAUAGCUACAAUAAGUUCUAUGUGUUCAUUAGCAACACGCCAUUCAGAAUUUGCUGUUGUUGCAAUGGAGUUCUUAGUUGAUAUGUUUAAUGAUGAAAUUGAAGAAGUACGCUUAAUUGCAAUUGAAAGUCUUGUGAAACUUUCAUAUGCAUCUGGUCUUCGUGAUGAUCAAGUGGAAAUUAUAUUAGCUGUGAUUGAAGAUUCUUCAAGUGUUGUGCGUGAAGGUUUACAUAAUAUUUUUGCAUCAUUUGAACUAUUAAAUCAAGAAGGAUUAAUGAUGUGUACAAACAGAUUAAUUGAAAGUCUAAAAAAAUAUCCAGAAGAUAAAAAAUCUAUAUGGAAUUGUAUGAAAAAUUUGGGACUAAGACAUCCAAUAUUAACGUUGGCAUUAGUACCUGAGUUGUUGGCUAUUCAUCCUAUGUUUGAAACACCAGAACCCAAUGUAGAAGAACCAUCUUAUGUAAGUGUUUUGAUUUUAGUAUUCAAUGCAGCAUCCAAAUGUAACUCUAUUAUAUCACUACUUGAAGAUAAAACUAUUAAACAUUAUAGCUACUUAAAAGAUAUAAUGCCUCAUUUAGUUCCAUCUUUGCAACUUGGUGGGCGUGUAUCAAUUAGUCUAGUAGAAUUGAGACCUACUGCAUCAGAUUCAUCUAAAUCACUUGAACUUUUACAAUCAUUAAUUAAUCAAGUAUCUAUUGUCAAAGGCAGCACUAAAGUUAAAAUUAGUUUGCUGGAAACUUUCUAUCAAAAUCUUAUUAGCUUAGCUCAACUUGAUCAUUCUGUGAAUGGAACAGCAGAGCUUAGUGCUUUAUAUAUGCAUAGUCAAUUGUUAUUAAAUAAAGUAUUAAAUAAUAACAACAAAACAUUUUAUUCAAAUGCUGUUUCAACUCAUCAAGCAAAUAAUGUUCGUACAAAUAUUUCACAGUUGCUACAACAUACUUUGAAAAUGCAGUAUUUAUUUGUUGGCUUAAGUGUUCAAGAAUUAGCGAGCAUAAAACAAUUUAAACUAAAAGUAAUAUCUCUCCUUCUUGUUUAUAUUGUAAAUGCUACUAACCAAUCAGCUAGAGCAUUAUGCCAUUAUUUUUUAACCCAGUUGGAAGAUACUAUUAAGUAUAUUACUGAACAUGAGUUACAACUUGAGACAUUCACGUCUAUUGUUUUCAAAGAGCUAUCUCAAUUGGAAGAAUCUAAACCAGGAAUUGUGGCUAAACUACUUCUACCAAUAUUGCAGAAUUCUGAACCUACUCCACCACCUAAACCUAAUACAAAUAUCAAAAUGUGUAAAGUCAUUAUUAAUCGACCACAAGGUGGGCCGGAUACUACUCAUAAGUUAUCAGCUGGCUUGAUCCUCCCUAUUCCUUUAAAUGCAGAAUUGUAUAGUUUACAAACAGAUUCAUCUUCUUUGUUACGCUUAAAAAUUAAAUACCCAGAUCAACAAACUCAUUUAAUCAUGCCUUCUAAAAAUCAUUUAAGACUUGUUAAUCUAAGUAGCGAACCAUAUUAUCUACUUGAUACAAAUGCAUUAAUAUCACAUCGUUCUGAGUGGUCUGAGCCUUGUUUUGUUGAAUUGAGUUUAGCAUUUGACUUAACUGAAACCGAAGGGGCUUUGGCACAUGUAUUACCUCCUACACAACCAUGCAUUGUUGAUUUAUGUAAGCCGGUCAAACUUAAAGUGCAUCCUAAACCUGUAAGACGUGGGAUGUAAUUUGGUUAAGUUUUUAUUAUUAAUGUACAGAAAGAAAUAGUCGUUAAUUAUAUAAACUAGUUGAUUUUAUAAAA